AUGUCAAACUUGAGGAGGGUAUUGGAAAGGCAACAGAGAGAAGAGGAAGAAAUCCGGCGCAAACGUACUAUUGAAGAUCAGGAGGCCGAUGUAGAAGAGGAAGAAAUGCUUGCAGCAGUGAAGUAUGAUGCUGUUGGAGUUUUGGGUAUUCUCUCGGAGCAAAAACUUACAGCUGCUUUGCAGAUGCUUGCUUAUGAGGCAUCUGUAGAGCAGAUGGAUGAGAUUGCAAGGAUGGGAAAAUUAACUGCCCUAGAGUGUUUGGUGAGAUUCUGUGAUGUAGUGGAAAAUUUGUACACGAGGGAGUACCUUUGCAAACCCACGCUAAGGGACCUGCAAAGUCUUCUCCAAAAAGCUGAGGCUCGAGGUUUCCCAGGAAUGACUGGAAGCAUCGAUUGCAUGCACUGA